AUGACGAUGGACCGAGAGAAGGAGAGAGAGAUAGAAUUGGAGAGUGCAAUGUACACUAACUGUUUGUUGUUAGGGUUGGAUCCGGUGAUCAUUGGAUUCGGAGCUAACAUCGGCGGCACUCCCCGGGUCGGACAGUUCCGUCACUCCAAUCCCAAAUUGGGAGAACAGCUCCUCUACUUCAUCUUAUCCUCUCUCAGAGGUCCAGUUCAAUCCGCCAAAGACUUCGAUAAAGUUUGGCCUAUUUUUGAUUCGGCUCAAUCUCGUGAUUUCCGGAAGGUCGUGCAAGGAAUCAUAAGUGAGCUGGAAUCACAAGGAGCUCUCCCCCGGAGCAAUUCGAGGGUUUCAUCCCUCGCAACUUGUUGUGGACCUAGAUUUGUUGAACUUCUGUGGCAACUUUCAUUGCAUGCACUGAGAGAGGUCCACAGGCGAACAUUUGCGGCUGAUGUAGCUUCUAAUCCCUUGCCUGCUUCACUCACAGAUGUAGCUUUUUCACAUGCUGCAACGCUACUACCUGUGACCAAGGCUAGAAUAGCUCUUGAAAGGAGAAGAUUUCUGAAAAAUGCCGAGACAGCUGUUCGUAGACAGGCACUGUGGUCUAAUUUAGCUCAUGAAAUGACUGCGGAGUUUCGGGGACUUUGUGCUGAAGAGGCAUAUUUGCAGCAAGAGCUGGAAAAGCUUCAUGAUCUGAGAAAUAAGGUGAAGUUGGAAGGAGAACUGUGGGAUGAACUUGUAUCUAGUUCAAGUCAAAAUUCUCAUAUGGUUCAAAGGGCAUCCCGUUUGUGGGAGUCUGUAUUAUCUCGCAAGACUCAGCAUGAAGUUCUUGCUUCAGGGCCGAUUGAGGAUCUUAUAGCUCAUCGUGAGCAUAGGUAUCGCAUCUCUGGUUCAUCAUUGCUAGCAGCCAUGGAUCAGAGUUCACUGAUUGCAUCUUCUGAACUAGCUUCAUCUCAAUCUGACAAUAAAGAACAAAGUGAUGGAUCACAAGCAGAUGUAAAUAGAGAAACGGAUGUGCAUGGUUUAGACUCUUCUAACAUUCAAGGAAAUGAAGAAAAACUUUCUAGAGUAGAAGACAGAAGUACAAGAGGUCACCCUACCGUGGAUAUCGCUGAAGUUUUGAGGCGUUGGACGCAUGCUUUGCAACGAAUUCACAAACAAUCACUUCUUUUGACAAAAACCAAUGAUGGAGAGGGCCCAGAACUCUUAUGCAAUGCUCAGAAUGGUGGCGCUAGUGGUCAUGCUGAAUCCUUGGCCGCAACACUUUCAGAACAUAGACAGCACCUCGCUAGCAUCCAGGUUCUCAUCAAUCAACUUAAGGAAGUUGCUCCAACUAUACAAGAUUCGAUAUCAGAACUUACGGAGGAAGUUAAUAUUCUGUCAUCCAGUCUACUUCCAACGGAAAAAAGUCAUGGCAGAUCAAACUCUCCUAUCCAAGCCCACAGCGGUGGAAGGAAAUCGGAAAAUAGCACUGAUGAAGUCGCCGAGAUGGCUUCCAGAUUGUCCACUGUGCAGCUUGAAAAGGCUAGUCCUCCUGCUGCUCUUAAACUUCCACCUUUGUUUAGUUUAACACCAAAUUCAGCUGGGAAAGGUGGUAACCCGCAAAAGAGACAAACACAAGCACAAGCCUCCCAAACAGAUCAUGUGUCUGACAAAAGGGCUCUGGACCUUUCUCUCCCGAACAAUGACAUUGAUGGUGCAUCCCAAGACAAUGACCGGUAUUUUGUGCAAAAUUUAAAGAGAUCAGUCAGAGAAGCUGCGCUUGCAUCGCAAUACUACAACCUGGAAUCAUCCCUAGACAGUCGUUCUGAUGAUAGCUCAGAACAUUACUUUGUACCCUUUUUGGAUACCAAUUUUUCACGCCCAGUACUGGAGACAAAAAACAAAUCUAUUCGAACAAAACGGUUAUUCACUCCUCAAGCUGACUCUGAAACUCAUUCAGACAGCCGUGCUGGAAACAAGUAUGAUGGACACGAAAUAUUGACCGAUCUUGAUUCACUUGAUGAUUAUGAAGGUGCAAAUGGAUUUCUUUCAGCCGCUGGAUCAAAUUCUUCUGUUUCUGAGGCACAUAGAUCCUUUUAUGAUCUGGAUGAAGGUCAUGAUCAAGUAUUUUCACCUCCUCUGCUGAUGGAUUCUUCCUUGGCGGACUCAUAUGAAGACCUACUUGGUUUGUUAAUCUAUUUGCUUACACUUUUUUAUUUUUUUAUUUUUUUAAUGUUUGCAUCACAUGUUACUGAAUCUGAUAUCCUUAUUAGUCAGUUUAUGCGUAGCGUCCUAGAUGGUAUCUUUAUACUGAGUGCAUUUCCACCUCUUGACUUUUUUACAUUAAUGCCGUUAAGUCAUUUAAUGUGUUUCUGGAGCACUUGUUUGACAUAUUAUGACUUUUGCAGCGCCGUUGUCCGAAACUGAAACUGCCUUGAUGGAGCAUUGAUAUUGAUUCAGCCUGAAAAAUUGAAGAUGUAAAAGUCAGGAAAAUUUGCGGAUGUGCAUCCACAGAUGUUGGUACAUCUCUUACUUGGUUGGAGUGUUAUGCCUUGCCCGUUGUUUUUAUGUGCUUGUAUAAUGUUGUGAUACUUGCUCUUUCGAUCACUGUUACCUCUACAAACUUUGUCAAUACCAUGUCUUCAAAUGGGAGAAUAGGUGGCUGUGACAUCUGUAUAACCUGCUUGGUUAUGAAAACGCCCGGAUUUGGGUGUUGGUAAUUUGACAAGAGUGACACGAAUCUGCACCGUCAAGCUAAAUUGACUUCCGGUCUGAUUAUCAUGAUUUUCACGGAAGCGAUCUGACAAUUGGUUGAAGUUGGGUACAAAGAAGACCCAGGUAUUUGUUGGGCAAUAGCCUUCCUGACAACUGGGAAACUUGUGGUGACAUUACGGUGUUUUAACCUGUAUCCUGUAGCAACUUUCUUUAACUCGAUGUAAUGUCAGUGAAACAGUGAAUACAUUGUUUUAGUGCAUUAGUUGGUGAAAAUUUGUGUUCUUUGAAGCUGUAGGUAGAAAAAAAAAUGUCAGCUUUUACAUGUUGUAAUUUGCAAAGCUCAUUGUAUAAAUUGUCAGCUGUAGAUUAUGAGGAAGAAGUGUAGCAUUGAGUUGUUGGUUUUAUCUGCUUUACUGGGGACGCACUUCAUAUGUUUUGGACAUCAUAUAAAUGCAAUUAAUUCAAUAAUUGUGAGAGCUUACAGUUAGCUUACAGUUGGGUUAUAGGUGGUUUUGUUUUGUUUUUUUUUUUCCGAAAUUGAUAAUGCUAAAUUGCUGUUGGCUUUAUAUAAUUACUAUUACUCUAGUUGUUUUUG